AUGGAACAGGCACAUCAAGCGAUUCGCGAAUGUGUUGGUUCUACGAUACUGGCACUGGCUCUCGAGACAAAUGAGAAACCGUUCGCCGAAUUCCUGAAGGGACGUGAAGAAAAGGCCCAAACUUGUGAAGAAAAGUUUCUGAGCGACAGUACAGAUUUCGAAGCCCUACAGAGUCUUGUCUAUGAUGAUUCACGAAAUUGCUUUCAACAUCUACCACGAAAUCGUCACGGUCGUUCUGAGGUGACUCGCACUUGUGCAUGGGACGGUGGGUCAGCAACGCUACCAGAAGAACGCCAACCGUCGGAAUGUUUAGCGGCCUUCCGUGGCGAACGAAGGCGGUGUGAAGAGCUAUUGCAAUGUUGCCCAGAUCACACCAGAUGCGGAGAACGAAUGAAUGCUCUUUCAAUAGCAUAUCAACACGCAAAAUCGAAAUCUAACGAGAUUGUGGAGCGUCUGUUGUUGUGCCUUGGAUCGUUGGAGCCGUCAACAGUACUGGAAUUGGCUGGAAUGAAAGUUGGUCGGCUUCAGUUUCGCGUGCCUGGACUGCCAUUUUACAAGCCCGAUCGGAUAGUGGAAAAGCGAAUAUCUCGUCGUCUCAGCAUGAUGUCCUACUCUGCCAUCGAUGAGAGGAAAAGUCGUUUCAUCAAGAAGUUCCAGAAAAAGAGGGAUGCAAUCGUGGCAAGCAGGUCGUCAAGGAAUGUUCCAAAAUCGCAAUUCGUCUCUCAUACAACUUCCCCUAUCACAAGCGAACAACGAGUUGCUAUUGUGAAAAAUCUGUUUCGAAACGCUAAAGAAGAUGAGCUGGCCGUCUAUGCAUCUCUUCUGGCUGAAGGAAAUUUCGCCCGUCUAGCUGAACUGGAACGAGAAAAAAGCGCCGGUGACGGCAAGGGAUCAGAAAUGCAACGAGAAAUGCAACGAGUUCGAGAUGCAAUUAAGGCUUCGUUACUGUCAAAGGGCCAGAAAACGAUGGACUUCUUAGUGCCAGCCGCACUGAAAACUGCUCGGAAGGAACAAAGUCAACAAAUCAACGAAGAGGUAUGGAUAUUGGAUGGCCAAGCUGCUACGGAUGAAGGCGGAGAACCUAAGAAACGUGCGGUCGCUUUACAGUCGCUACAGCUUUUCGGGUGGACCCCGACGAAACAUAAGAAACUUAUUCCGAACAAGAAGCUGUCAUCAGAAUGGUCUUCAGAAUGGUCCAAUAGGUCCGUCGAGGAACAGCCUACAUCAAGUGAAGAAAGUCGUGCACCUCCUGGUCACUUCAGUGGAGUUCUCAUCAAUUUACUGAAGGAAGAUGACAUUAUCACAUCGCCUCACGUCAAGACGACUUACAAGAAUAUGAGUUAUAUUCGUUUACAGAACCAAAAAAUCCCCCUAGACGCGUCAAAGGCCGUGUCGGUCACUGCACUAUCUGGGAAAGGCAGCAUGACAACAACAUAUAUGAACGGAACUUCCGUCACAAAAGCGAUCACGAGAGAUGAAAUCGUGGCCACCAGUCCAAAGCCACCUGUGGAUAUCAGCAGCACCAUUGACUGUGACAAUCAAACAACCUUAACCGUCAAUGACACUCUGAUCGAUGAAAUAGAAGGAUCCGCUUCUCCUUUGACUGACGUGACAACCGAAAUUACCGGAAUACCCUUGAAGCCAUUAACCAUAGAGGCCGAUACCACUCAAGACAGCGAUGACGAAGAAGCAACUGCUUUACUAUCUGGGGACGAAGAACAUGCGGACACACACAUGAAGAAGAACGGUACAGAUAAUCUACCGAAGGCAGUGUUAGAAGAGGUUGAUGUGACCAAAGAAGGACAGACGACGAAGGUCAUCAAUGUAGGUACAACAGGCAGCGCCAAGAACGACACGGUAAGCGAGGAAACGACACCGAAGCCAAAGUCAGAAGAGGUGUACGAAAGACAAGACAGAGACAUUAAAGAAGCAGCUGGAAGGACUACGAAUUUUUGGGCUGCACCGCUAAUUACGAGACUGCCGGAUAAUACUGGGUCCCAACGAAUAAGGAGUUGUGUCCGGCUCGCAUCAUGUAUGGACAUUGUUCGUGACUAUGAAAAUGAAUGCGAACAGCGAUAUUCCAGAGGUUUCCUCACCCACGGUAUUGACGAUGGUGAUGUACUGCAAAUACUCAAUCACAGCUCGCUUAGCAGAGGUAUGCUAGCCCAUCAGACUUGUCUACGAUCCAUCGAGAAGUCAGACUACGCAAUGGUAAAGCACUUGUUGGUGACGCAGCGCAGUCUAAGAAAGGCAUGCCUGGAACACAGCAAGGACAGAAGAAGAAUGAGCGCUGACGAGAUUCUCAUUUGUCAAAAACCGCUUCCGUCGACGGAGCCAAUCGAUGACUUCUUAUUCAAAAAUCAUUAUCGUUCUGAAGAGAACCGAGACGAUUGUCAUAGAAACUUGAAAGACUUCAAGGAGGCGUGCUAUUCAUUGUCAACCUGUUGCAUGCUGACCAUUCAAAGCUGCGAGAAGCAGUUGAACACUUCGCAACUACAUGGACGACUCAGAGAAUCGGUCGAUCGACUUGUCGAACGACAUAACGAAUGUGAGAAGAAUGUAAUGGAAAACCUGAAAAUAUUUGCAUCCUCUGGCGACGAAAGGCAACAAUUACUGCUUCCAAACGAUUUCCGUUCGUAA